AAAUCACAUUUCCUCAUAUCUCGCCAGGUUCUAAUUGAUAAGAGUCUGAAGGGAUGGAAAGAAGUUGAGUACGAAGUCGUUAGAGAUGCCUAUGACAACUGCAUCACCGUAUGCAAUAUGGAGAAUCUAGAUCCCCUUGGUAUCCAUACAGGUGAGUCCAUUGUGGUUGCUCCAUCUCAGACACUGACCAAUAACGAGUAUAAUCUAUUGAGAUCCGUUGCCAUUAAAACCGUACGUCACCUUGGAGUCAUUGGAGAAUGCAACAUACAAUAUGCCCUGAGUCCCGACUCCAGACAGUAUUACAUCAUUGAGGUGAAUGCCCGUCUCUCCCGUAGCUCCGCCCUUGCUUCAAAGGCCACUGGGUACCCCCUUGCUUAUGUUGCUGCUAAACUAGCUCUGGGACGCCCCCUGCCGGAACUAAGGAACUCUGUUACCACAGCAACUACGGCUUGUUUUGAACCAUCCCUGGAUUAUGUCGUCGUGAAAAUACCACGUUGGGAUCUGUCCAAGUUUACCCACGUCAGCACUGAGAUUGGUAGCAGCAUGAAGAGUGUUGGAGAAGUUAUGGCAGUCGGAAGGAAAUUUGAGGAGGCACUACAGAAAGCACUAAGGAUGGUCAAUGAGUCUUGCCUCGGAUUUGAUCCUAAAUUCUUACAACUUAGAAAAGAAGAUCUCAAUCAUCCGACUGACAAGCGUAUUUUUACAGUAGCAGCUGCACUGGACUCUGGUUAUUCCAUUGACGAGUUAUACCAGCUAACACGAAUUGACAAAUGGUUCCUUUACAAAAUGAAGAAUAUCAUUGACUGUAACAACAUGCUAGGAAAACAUGACCAACAGACGCUCAAUAAAGAAAUGCUGUUAUAUUCGAAGCAGCUGGGUUUCUCCGACCGUCAGAUUGCUCGUUCUAUAAAUUCAACAGAGCUAGCCAUCAGAGGACUUCGUAAAUCUCUCUCGGUCACUCCCUCCAUUAAACAAAUAGACACUGUUGCUGCUGAGUACCCCGCCCACACUAAUUACCUAUACUUGACUUAUAAUGGGGAAACAAAUGAUUUGGACUUUCCUGGUGGGGCUAUCAUGGUACUUGGGUCUGGUGUGUACAGGAUUGGCAGUUCAGUUGAGUUUGAUUCUUGUGCCGUGGGUUGCAUCAGAGAAUUAAGAAAACUAGGAAAGAAGACAAUAAUGGUUAAUUACAACCCAGAGACAGUCAGUACUGAUUAUGACGAGUGUGAGAGGUUGUAUUUCGACGAGCUCUCUUUCGAGACGGUGAUGGACGUAUAUGAUCUUGAGCAGCCUGAGGGACUCAUUCUAUCAAUGGGAGGGCAGCUACCUAAUAAUAUAGCUAUGCCUCUAUACCACCAAAAGGUUAGGAUAUUAGGCACGUCUCCAGAGAUGAUAGACAGUGCAGAGAACAGGUACAAGUUCUCACGUUUACUGGACACAAUCGGAGUACAACAACCUCGCUGGAAAGAACUAACACAGAUUGAAUCUGCUAAUGAGUUUUGUGAGUCAGUCGGUUAUCCUUGUCUUGUACGCCCAAGCUAUGUCCUCAGUGGUGCUGCUAUGAAUGUUGCUUAUUCCAAUCAUGACCUCAAGUUGUACCUGAAUGAUGCAGUCGCUGUUUCUAAGGAUCAUCCUGUAGUUAUUUCAAAAUACAUUCAAGACGCCAAGGAAAUUGAUGUUGAUUCUGUUGCCUGUGAUGGUGUCAUUGUUGCUAUGGCAAUCAGCGAACAUGUAGAGAAUGCUGGUGUGCAUUCAGGUGAUGCCACGUUAGUAUUACCAGCACAGGAUCUU